ACCGGCGUGAUCGUCGCCCUUGUCCUUGCUCUCUGCGGCGUCUCCGACAACGUGAUCGCCCACGAGUACUCCCUCACCGAAUUGGGACUCGCCCGCCUCAAGGAGCCCAUAGUGGAAAGACUCACCGCACCGGGGGCGCCCCACGAGGGCAACAGAGCCGCGGCCGAGGUUCAGAUUGGAGCGCGGAAAGAGUACAUGCUGGCCACCCUAAGGUAUAUCAGACAGAAGUAUGGAAGCGUGGAAGAGUACUUGCUCGAACGUAUGGGGCUGAGCCAGGAGACCCUGGACAAGAUCAAGAAGAACCUGGUCGUCGACCUGGCGGAGGGAGAGGAAACGGUGCCGUGGGAAGGGAAUGAUGAGUUGGUUUCUGCCCAGAUUGCUCAUCUUUGA